AUGAUAAUUUUAUUCAUAAUUACAUAAUUUAUUGGAUAUUCCUAUUCCACCCUCUUAGUUUAUACUUUUGGAAAUAGAGAUUUAUUAUUAAAUACUACUAAAUACUCAGUUGCUAAUUUUGGAACUGUUCCAUAUGGAUAAAAAUUGCACGGAUAAUUGUUUUAACCUCCUUUCCAGAAAGCAGAUCAUUUGGUUGAACAAUUCUGUGAUCUGAAGAGCAUUAACUCAUAUAGUCCUUACUUUUCUUUUAAACCUGAUAAAUGGAUCAUCAGCAGAAUUGGAGGUUGUUCAAUCACAUAAAAAGCAAUACUAGCAUAAAAACUAUAGGCAAAAUUACUUAUAAUUUAUGAUGAAGAAGCAGACGAUAAAUCUGAAUUAGUCAUCGCUGAUGAUGGUAAUGGGUACUAGGUGUACAUCCCUGUGAUUAUGAUAAGACAUAAUGAGGCUAAGAUUUUAUAUGAUAAAUUAGCAGAAGAUCAACCAGGAGGUUCAUUAAAUGCGCAUAUUAAAUUUGAUUAAAUCGUUCAAUCUUAAAAACCUAAAGUUUUAUUUGGAUUAGAUAUUAGUAAUAGAGACACCUUCAAAUUAAUUAAGAACUUUAAGAAAUAUUAUGAUGAAUUAAAAGACUUUAUUGAUUUUGAUAUUUUCUACCAUUUAUUGUAAUGUGCAAAAUGCAGAGAAUCAAAUUACUCAAAAUAAUAAAUUGAUUGUAUAAGCAAUGGUAGGUAUUGUCAAUUAGACUCAAGUGAUUAUGAAUUUGGUAAUGGAGCAGAUGUUGUCAUGGAAUAGUAUCGAUAACUGUGCUUAUGGCAAUUAAAUCAUAAAUAUUGGUGGAGAUAUAUGAAUUAUUUCAAUUCUUAAUGUAGUAAACCUAGUCAAUAUAAAAAUUGCUUCGAAUUUUAUAUCUCUGAAGACAUUUAAGCCAAUAUUAGCACAUGUCUCUCUUAAACGAAUGGGCAGAUUGAAUUAUUGGAAAGAUAGUUCAUACUUUAAAUGAAAUCUGGAAUUGUAUAUUUUCCUGGGCUGACUAUAAAUGGGAAAAUAUUUAGAGGAAAUAUGGAUGUCGAGAUUAUUAAGAAUGCACUUUGUUCUUCAUUCAAAGAUACAACUAAUAUUACUAUUUGCAAUUCUUAAUAAUUAUUAAUAGAUGAUGAAACAUCAUAUAAAUGGUUAAUAAUCCUGGUUGUAUGUAUGAUAAUUAUAUUUUUAUUGUUUAUGUUUUUUAUUUUUAGAUAAAUGUUGAAAAAUCAAAUGAAAAAACAAAUGAAAAGUUAAAUUGAAUAAGCACUUAAUCAAUACAUUUAAUAUUAUGAAAAUUGA